UCCGGUUCACUCACUGCUCCGAUCAGGCACGAUGGCGACAGCAGCAGCGACUCCUUCUCAAACUCAGUCAGCGGCUCCGGCCCUACCGCUCCAGCGAGGCAUUGUCAAGCUGGUGCUUUCAGGUAGUGCAAUCAUUGUUCGUGGACAGCCACGAGGAGGACCCCCACCUGAACGGCAAAUUAAUCUCAGUAACAUCCGUUCCGGUGCCUUGGCACGACGUGUUGCUCCAAAUCAGCCUGAAGCCAAGGAAACUCCUGAUGAGCCUUGGGCUUGGCCAGCUCGUGAGUUCCUCAGGAAGAAACUGAUUGGAAAAGAGGUGUGUUUCACUGUGGAGUACAAGACUCCCCAGGGUCGUGAAUAUGGAAUGGUUUACUUGGGCAAAGAUACCACGGGGGAGAACAUUGCAGAAUCGUUGUUAACUGAGGGAUUGGUUGCAGUUCGUAGGGAAGGAAUUCGAGGAGCAAACCCUGAGCAAACACGACUUUGUGAGCUUGAAGAUCAAGCAAAAGCUGCUAAGAAAGGAAUGUGGGGUGAUGGAGGCGGUUCACAUACCAUACGAGAUCUGAAAUACACCAUAGAAAAUCCUCGCCAUUUUGUGGACUCCAAUCAUCAAAAACCUGUUAAUGCUGUCAUUGAGCAUGUGCGAGAUGGAAGUGUCGUGAGAGCUUUGUUACUGCCUGACUACUACCUGGUGACAGUUAUGCUUUCUGGUGUCAAGUGCCCGACGUUUAAACGUGAAGCUGAUGGGACAGAAACACCAGAGCCAUUUGCAGCUGAAGCAAAGUUUUUCACAGAAUCACGUCUUCUGCAAAGAGAUGUCCAGAUCAUCUUGGAGAGUGUGCAGAAUCAGGUCAUUCUAGGAACCAUCCUUCACCCGAAUGGUAAUAUCACCGAGCUGCUGCUUCGUGAAGGAUUUGCUCGCUGUGUUGACUGGUCAAUUGCAGUUUAUACCCAGGGACCAGAAAAACUUAGAGCUGGUGAAAGAUCUGCCAAAGAACGCAAAAUCCGGAUCUGGAAAGACUAUGUGGCUCCAACAGCUAACAUGGACCAGAAGGACAAGCAUUUUGUGGCCAAGGUUAUGCAAAUCGUGAAUGCAGAUGCCAUGGUGGUGAAGUUAAAUUCAGGUGAACAGAAGACAAUCCAUCUGUCCAGCAUCCGGCCUCCACGGCUAGAAGGAGAGGUCAACCAGGAUCGAAGGAAACUGCGACCUCUCUAUGACAUUCCUUACAUGUUUGAGGCCCGAGAAUUUCUACGGAAGAAGUUGAUUGGCAAAAAGGUUAAUGUAACAGUGGACUACAUCAGACAAGCCACCCCAUCUACGAACGUGACCCCAGCAUUCCCUGAACGCACCUGUUCCACAGUUACUAUUGGCGGAAUUAACAUUGCAGAAGCCCUAGUGAGUAAAGGUCUUGCCACAGUGAUCCGUUAUCGGCAAGAUGAUGAUCAACGGUCUUCUCACUACGAUGAACUACUCGCUGCCGAGGCCAGGGCUAUCAAGAAUGCCAAAGGACUCCACAGUAAGAAGGAGGUGCCAAUCCACCGUGUUGCUGAUAUCUCUGGGGACACCCAGAAAGCCAAGCAAUUUCUGCCAUUCCUGCAGAGAGCCGGGCGUUCAGAAGCUGUGGUUGAAUAUGUCUUUAGUGGCUCCCGCUUGAAACUCUACAUGCCGAAAGAGACCUGUCUGAUCACCUUCCUACUGGCAGGUAUCGAGUGCCCUCGUGGAUCUCGGAACACUCCUGCAGGAAUCCAGGAAGGGGAACCAUUCAGUGAAGAUGCCACUCAAUUCACCAAGGAGCUGGUGCUGCAGCGUGAGGUGGAGGUAGAGGUGGAAAGCAUGGAUAAAGCCGGUAAUUUCAUUGGCUGGUUGCAUAUAGAUGGAGUCAACCUUUCCGUCGCCCUCGUGGAGAACUCUCUCUCAAAGGUCCACUUUACUGCAGAGCGGAGUUCCUACUACAAAGCACUCCUGUCAGUUGAGGAGCCAGCGAAGCUGAAACGGGAAAAGGUCUGGUCUAAUUAUGAGGAACAGCCAGCAGAAGAAGCAGUGCUGCAGGUUGCAGAGGAGAAGGAGCGCACAACCAACUAUAAGCCUGUCUUUGUAACUGAGAUUACAGAUGAGCUCCACUUCUAUGUGCAGGACGUUGAAACUGGCACUCAGCUGGAGAAAUUGAUGGAGAGUAUGAGGAGUGAGAUAGCGGCUCAUCCACCUAUGGAGGGCUCCUACACACCCCGACGUGGAGAUUACUGUAUCGCCAAGUUCAUCGACGGAGAAUGGUACAGAGCUCGAGUGGAAAAGGUUGAGUCACCUGCCAAAGUCCAUGUCUUCUACAUUGAUUACGGCAACAAAGAGUGUGUGGCAUCCACUCGUCUAGGUGUUCUGCCGCCUGCCUUCAGCACACGAGUCCUGCCUGCUCAGGCCACAGAAUAUACUUUCGCGUAUAUCCAGGUGCCACAAGAUGAAGAUGCUAAAGCUGAUGCAAUCGACAGUGUUGUCAGGGACAUUCAGAACACCCAGUGCCUGCUGAAUGUUGAAUUCGGGGGACCCAACUGCUCGUUUGUUACGCUGCAGUUUGCUGACUCUAAAGAUGACGUGGGCCUCGGAUUGGUCAAGGAGGGGCUUGUCAUGGUGGAUGUGCGCAAGGAAAAGCACUUGCAGAAAGUGAUUACCGAAUACCUGAAUGCUCAGGAGGCUGCCAAAUCUGCUCGGCUGAACCUCUGGCGUUAUGGCGAUUUCCGAGCUGAUGACGCUGAUGAAUUUGGUUACAGACGCUAAAGGAUCCAGAUGUGAUGACGGCGACACACUAACCUCCCUCUGCCCCUCCACUCUCUUACUGCCCUCCCCGUCCACAAAAAGAGAGACUUCUGGUACUACCUUCUCUGUUUCCUCCCUUCAGGCUUUCAGAGUCUCAUUGCACACGUCCUCUGCACCUUCAGAUGAGCAAUUGGCAGUGCCAGGGGCUGAGAUACUAAUCAUGAUUGGACGAUGAUGUUAAUUUGUGAAAUGAACUGGGAGCUACUUGCCUGCUUUGACCUGAAAUUCUCUUUUUUUUUUUCUCCUUUAAAUUCCUUCUGAAGUGCAGAAUAAAUCAACACACUUGGUGUUUUUUUUUCGUUCUUGUUGGCUUUUAAAGAAAUAUAUACUUUGAUAACUUUUUCGUUCAUAAUCACGUAAGACAAGGAACCAAGUUGAUCUCGAAUAGGAUCCAGUAACUCAAAGCAGCUGCUGACAACAUUGUCACACCUGACAGCCCAGCAUCUGAUUGACAGGUAAUUAAAGCAAGCCUGUUCAAGGAAAAACUCAGGAGCAGAUGUUCCAGAUCGGGACAGAUAGCGUCUUAAAGGGGAAUUGCCAGUGAGACUUAUAAAUGUUUCCAAGUUUCAGAACCCUACAUAUUGCAUCACUUUUUUGAUGUUUUUUUUGCCCUGUUGCGUUCUGACAAAGGGGAACAAUUUCCUCUGUAUAACUCUGUGUUGAGCCCAUUUAUGAAAGCAGGUUUAGGAUUUUGUUGCAUGUGGGCCUCCCCCGCCCCAAUCCCCACCACCACUGAAGUUGAUUAAUUAUAACAGAAUGGGAAGUGGAGAUACCUGAGUUAAUCUUUUUAAUGUCUUAAUUAUAUAUUAACCAAACCGCUAAGUGUUGGAAGUCCUUUGUCUGCUCAAGCUUGGACCAUAUACAGAUCUGAUACAAAGUGCCGACAGAGUACUCUGAUGUUCGUGCACAGUCUGCUUAGCAGUCAGCCGCUUAUCUUGAGCAAAACAUGUGGGUACAGAUAGUUGAUGCAGAGGAAUCUAUAUUAGGAAGCUGUGUGCCUCUCUCUUUAUUUUGCUUGUGACUUGAUUGCAAGUGAUUCAUUUCAUUUGUAAUUCUGUAACAAACGGUUCAUGAUUUUUUCCAUCCUCCAUCCCCCUUUCUUCACCUAACGUUGUCUCUUGUCAUUAUAUUUAAUGCUUACAGUCUCAAUAAAAGUAGCAUUGGCAACAUGCAA